UUCGGGUACCCUUCUAUGAGGAAAGUGGGGUGGGUGUCUGCUGGAGUGAGUAUGGCUGAGCAGAUGGAGCUGCUUUUGAAAUCAGUGGCAGCCAUCCCAAGCAUCAAUGUCUCAGAGUUUUUCUCUCCAUCCCUUUCUUCCCACUCCUCCCUGGGCUUUUCUGGAGCAUCUUCCCUGCUCCCUUCCCCUCUUCAGCAGAAAAACGUGAAGACACAGCUCCCUACCCUUCACCCAUAGCAGCCUCCCAGAGGGGACUGCAGAGAUACAAGCCCUUUCUGCAUGAUUUUAGCCCCUGCCUUUUGCCCAGAAUCUGGGGAGGACUUUUGUUUUUGCAUUUUUAAGUCAGCAUUUUAUUCAGGACAGAAGCUAUGACUGACUAGUCAGUGCUAAGGAAAGGGGUUUCUCCUGUGUCCCUGGGGUUUGGGGCUCUUCUCAGAGAGGCACUAUUCGUUCCCUGCUGUCAUCAUCGCAUCCAGGCAGCUCAUGAGACCUGUGACCCAUGUUCGAUUUUUGCUGUUUGGUAAUGAGAGUUGGGGGGGCGGGGGGAGGUUGGUGGCAAGCAGCUGGCAUCCUUUUGGGAAGCCAAGCUGUGUCCCCAGUGGAUGAUACCUUGAGCCUCAUUGCCAGCUAAGCCCUGCCACACCGGUAUGUGUUACAUUUUUCAUCUGGAACUGUUUCUCAGGCCUUCCUCCUAAACCUUUUCUUUUUCCUCUUUGGUGUGCCUCAGUAGUUUCCUUCACAGAGUGAGAGGGCUUGUGUCCAUCCCCUCUUCUCUAAGACUUGGAAUUGGAAUUCUGGUCAGCACAGACACUUACUAGCUCUGUGAUUUAGCAAAUGGUUAGGUCAUUUGCUAAAUGAUGACUGCACUACGUCAUCCCUAAGAGCCCACCUUUUACAGCUCUGCAGUCACAUAGGCCUCUGGGAUUACAGUUAUAUAUUAACAAUUAAGGGGUGGAAUAUGCAGCCAGGCUCCAGCCUCUUGAAACCCAGAUAUAGCCUUUGGCUUUUCAGCUGAUAAGCAAAAACUAAUUUUCUAGAGUCCCCUAGACCACUGUUUUCAAACUUGUUUUAUUUUUACUUACUGUAUAUAUAUUUUACGUGAUAACCCAGUAUAUGUGUGUGUGUGUGAUUGUAACAAAGUUUCAUGAAGCAUUAUUUAUUCUUAGUAUAGUAAGAUAUGCUCAUAUUUUCCGUACUCUUCAGUUCUAGUUCUUAAAACAUAAACAUUUUAAUAAUGGCUUACGACCUACAGUUUGAAAAUCACUAGAGUGGCAAAUCAUCAUUAUUAUUGUUGAGUCUUAAUCUUUUCUAUUUCAUGAGCAUCUUAUAAACCAGUCUGGUCUAGGCCCAACAGCAGGUAGUGAUUUUAAUCAGGGCUGUCUUGGCCUGGGAUGUAGACAUCACCUAGGUAGAUUCUGAUGAGUCUAACAUUUAGAACCAGCACAGACAUCUUGAGGCCAGUGAUGGAGCAUUCUGGCCACUUAUUCCUGUGUCUUUUGUGUGGGUGGGAAGAUGCAAGAGGAGGCUCUGAGUUGUAUGCGCCAUGGCCAUAACUAGUGUCAGAUUGCCUGCUGGUGUUUUAAGAAAGCCAGAUGCCUGGAUGGGACUCUGGGGAGCACUCCGAGGAAUACCUGCUUCAUACAAACUCUGUGCUUCCUGGAAUCGAUACUUAUAUUUUUCGAGUGCCAGGUUAAAUGCAUCCAAUUAUAAAACACUUUUCCAUGAUGUUUUCUCACUGAGAUAUCCAGGGCUUUUGAUAUCUCCAAAAUGUAUUUUUCCACUUUCCAUAAGACUCAAAAGUAAUAUGAACUCUAAAAAAUCCAGUAAAAAGACUCUACAUAAAGUAGAAGAUGAAGAGGACUCUGAUGAAGAAAGGGAUCCUGAUGAGAUGAGCGAGCAGGAAGAGGAGCUCGAGGAUGAUCCCAGUGUGGUCAAAGACUAUAAAGACCUAGACAAAGUAGUGCAGUCUUUACGGUAUGAUGUUAUCAUGAAGACAGGUCUGGAUGUUGGAAGAAAUAAAGUGGAAGAUGCAUUCUACAAAGGUGAACUCAGGCUGAAUGGGGAAAAAUUAUGGAAGAAAAGCAGAACGGUGAAAGUGGGAGAUACAUUAGAUCUUGUCAUUGGAGACGAUAAAGAAGCAGAAACAGAGACAGUGAUGCGAAUUCUCCUGAAAAAAGUGUUUGAAGAGAAGACUGAAAGUGAAAAAUACAGAGUGGUGGUCCGGCGGUGGAAGAAGUUAAAGUUGCCUAAGAAGAGUGUGUCCAAAUAGAUUGCUUUGUAGGGAUAAACCUGCUUUCAGGGGUGGGAUUGGGGGGGACC